CGCCCUCUCAUAUCAAAUAAGACACACGCAUUGCCUCUCACUGGUGGUUUGAUUUAUUGUACAACAUCUGUGAGAAAAUAAACGAAGAACAGAAGUCACUUUUCACAUUUCAUCAUGAAGGCUGCUCCUGAGCCGAAAGGGAUGAGCUCGGAGCUGCGGAAGGUGCGCUCGCGUGACGCGGCGCGGAGUCGGCGUGGCCAGGAGACGGAGGUGUUCUACGAGCUGGCCCACAGCCUGCCCCUCCCCCGCCGCGUCGCCUCCCACCUGGACAAGGCCGCCAUCAUGCGCGUGGCGCUCAGCUACCUGCGCAUGCAGCGCAUUCUGGCCACAGACGAGGCGAGCGUAGAGGAGCAGAAGGAGAGUGAAGAGGAGGCCACUGAUGAGCUGUACCAGCACGCCAUCGACGGCUUCAUCAUGGUGAUGACCGAGGACGGGGACAUGAUCUUCCUGUCCGACAGCGUCAACAAGCACCUCGGGAUCACGCAGCUGGAGCUGCUGGGCCAGAGCGCUUAUGACUUCGUCCACCCCUGUGACCAAGAGGAGCUACGGGACCUGCUGGCCCUCAGAACAGCUUCCCUGAAGAAGAGUCGGAGUGAGAAGCAGACGGAGCGGAGCUUCUUCCUGAGGAUGAAGAGCACGCUGACCAGCCGAGGAAGAACCGUCAACAUCAAGUCUGCCUCCUGGAAGGUCCUCCACUGCACGGGCCACAUGCUGCCCUACAGGGCCGAGGGAGAAACAGCGCCCCCUGUGGGCGGCUACAUGACACUGCUGUGCGAGCCCAUCCCUCACCCGUCCAGCGUGGAGUUCCCACUGGACUGCAGCACCUUCCUCACGCGCCACAACAUGGACCUCGGCUUCACACAGUGCGACGGCAGAGUCACCGAGCUUGUGGGCUACGAACCGGAGGACCUGAUUGGUCGAUCAGCGUUCGAGUACUAUCACGCUUUGGACUUCGACCACGUGAGCAAGAGCCUUCACAUUUUGCUGUCCAAGGGCCAGGUGUCCACCAGACACUACCGCUUCCUGGCCAAGAGCGGGGGCUUCGUGUGGGCCGAGACCAAGGCCACGGUCAUCUACAACAGCAAGACCUCUCAGCCGGAGGCCGUGGUCUGCCUCAACUUCAUCCUCAGUGGGGUGGAGCAGGCGGAGGUGGUGUUCUCGGCGGAGCAGACUCGCUCCACGGUGUGCCCCGCUCUAGCGGCGGGUGUGAAGACGGAGCUGGCGGAGAUGGAGAAGGAGCCACCUCCUUCCUCUUCCUCCUCCUCCUCCUCCUCCUCCUCCUCCUCCUCCUCCUCCUCAGGGGAGCUGUUCUUGCGGCUGAAGGAGAACCCAGAGGAGCUGCUGCAACUGGCCCCCACCGCCGGAGACACCAUCGUCCCCCUCACAGACUCUGCUGAUCUGUCCUUCUACCGCCCGGAGGCACCGGACUCACUCCCCGACUCCCCCGAAGAGCUCUGCAGCCCCGAACUCCGCCAGCUCCUCUCCCCCAUCUUCGACCAGCCCACGUCUCCAGCAGCCACGCUCGUAAGGGCCCGUCUCGCUCAUCAGCUGAGUCCAGUCAGUGAAGGGCCCAUGGACACUGGCAAGGUGGAGCAGUUCUUCGCCAUCAAACUGGACAGUGGAGACCAGAACACAGAGAUUACGGACGAGAUGGAUCUGGACAUGCUGGCCCCAUACAUCUCCAUGGACGAUGACUUCCAGCUGACGGCUCUGACGCACUUGGCCGAGGCAGACCGCCUCAGCCUGCCCCCCCCAGCCCUGGGCCCCGCCCCCCCGGCCCCCCCGGCCCCCCCGGCCCCAUCCAGGAAGAGGGCCUAUGAGGUGAAGGAGGACUUGCCCUCUCUGGUGCAGAAGUGGGAGAAGCGGCAGAGGAACAGCCCCAUAGAGGAGGAGCUGCUGCUGACCCACAACAUGCUGAAUUAUUUGAUUGACUCUGAGUGUCCCGAUGACUUGGAUCUGAUGUCGGGGCAGCGCAGCAAGCUGUUAACUGACCGAGACCCCAUCCUGGGAGCCACGCCCGGAUUAUGUGACUCCAUGACUCUGAUGAAAGACCCGUUUCUCCUCCGGCCACCUGAUCCAGUGGGACGAGACCUCGGCCACAUCUCCCCCCUCACCUGAAGCAGCGUCCCCCCCCCCACCUGAAGCAGCGUCCACCCCUGCCCCCCCUCACCUGAAGCAGC